CAAGUCAACUUUGUUUCCGGAAUGUGCGCUCAUUAGUCGCCACGCACCUAAAUGGUGAGAACAUCGAGGUGUAUAGUUAAAGUUGCUAUAAAUGUUCUGCGUUCGUAAUUUUCGUGUAAUAAUUUAAUUUCAACAUCGAAAAAGAACUGCAACCGUAAUGGCUGUAGCUACCGUUGCUAGGCCUCUGGUAACGGUAUAUGGCGAUAAAGAUGAAGACACCGGUAUUUCGUUACCUCUUCCGGCCGUUUUCAAAGCCCCAAUCAGACCAGAUGUCGUAAACUUCGUCCACCAAAAUAUAUCCAAAAAUCAUCGCCAGCCCUACGCGGUGUCAAAAGAUGCCGGUCAUCAAACCAGUGCUGAAUCAUGGGGUACCGGCAGAGCUGUCGCUCGUAUACCCCGUGUACGUGGUGGCGGUACUCACCGCAGCGGUCAGGGUGCCUUCGGUAAUAUGUGUAGAGGAGGAAGGAUGUUCGCGCCGACCCGCAUCUGGCGGAGAUGGCAUCGUAAAAUUAACGUUACUCAAAAACGUUAUGCUACGGUGUCAGCGAUUGCCGCCACCGCCGUACCAUCUUUAGUGAUGGCCAAAGGUCAUUUGGUACAAGAUGUUCCCGAGUUUCCGUUGGUGGUAACUGACAAAAUCCAGGAGUAUUCGCGUACAAAGCAGGCCGUUAGUUUCCUCCACAAAUUACGCGUAUGGAAAGAUAUCAACAAGGUAUACAAAUCGAAGAGAUUACGCGCCGGUAAAGGUAAAAUGAGGAAUAGGCGUCACGUCCAACGUAAAGGUCCGUUGAUAGUGUACAGCAGAGAUAAGGGUUUGAAGAAAGCUUUCCGUAACAUUCCCGGAGUUGACACGAUUAACAUUAGGAAAUUGAACUUGUUGAAAUUGGCUCCCGGUGGUCAUGUUGGUAGAUUCGUCAUCUGGACCGAAGCCGCCUUCAAACAGCUCGAUCAGUUAUACGGAACUUGGCAAAAGAAGGCCACUUUGAAGAACAACUACAACCUCCCGUACCCGAUGAUGACCAAUACUGAUUUAUCGCGCUUAUUCAAAUCGGACGAAAUUAAAUCCGUGCUCCGCCAUCGUAGACGUUCAGUACCCAGAAGAACUCGUAAAUUGAAUCCGUUGAAACAUAUGCGUACCAUGAUUAAAUUGAACCCGUACGCUGCGGUCUUGAAAAGACGCGCAAGUAGAGCGAGCGAAAAACGUGCUUUGCUCAAAGAAGCAGUGGCUUUGAAAAAACAAGGACAACCGUUGACGAAGAAACACGAAGUCAUCUUACAGAAAAUCGCCAAGAAGAAGGAAUUCUUAGCUAAGAAAUCGACUGAGCAACCCGCCAAACCAGCCGCGAAGGACGCUAAAUCGCAGAAGAAAACUGAAAAGAAACCUGCAGCGAAAGCCGCCGCUCCCAAAAAAUAAAUAUGUUAACGUUUGACAAAUCACGAAAAUAUAUCUUCGAUGUUGAAUUCGUUACAUUCA